AUGUCCUACACUAUCCGUCUCACUAUCCGGAACAGCACCAGUGAUAACCUCACUGUCGUCGAAAAGACAUGCUGGUACUAUGCCAACGGAGGCAUCUGGACAGAGCAGGACUGCCAGUAUGUGUUGUCCAUGGGGGGCAGCGGUACCUCUGGGAUCCUUCGCUUCAAAUCCUCCUCUGGCGAAACAUUCACCGCUAUCCUGGGAAUUCACAAUUACAAGCCAUGGUGUGAUGUGCAGGUGAACCUGCGUGACGACGACACGGCAGUGAAGUUGCUUCCAGAAUACUACAAUGGGGGCGCGCUUUCCGGCGAGGCGCACGGUGAGAUAUUCAAAGGGACUUGCCAUGGUAAAUGGGUCGGAAUUACCUUCGACAAGGCAGAUGGACAUGAGCUGUCAGCUGUGCUGCAUUACUAUGCGGACCGAGACGGGCGAGUUUACUAG